AUGCAUCAAAUAAAUGAUUUCUCGUUGAAGCGACGCGCAGAUUUAGAUUUUGAUUUUCUUCUUAACGAGAAAAAUUUGGAAAUAAUUCGUUCGAAUGUGAAAUAUCGUAAAGGUGUCGGCAAUAUUGAUCGCCUUCAUCAACUUUGGAAACAAAUUGAAAAUUAUUCAAAUCGAAAAAUUUUAAACGAAAAUGAAUAUAGGAAUUUAUGGGAUGAAUUUUAUGAUGAAGCAUUACUUAUACCGAAUUUUUGCCAUCCGGAUGUUCCAGUUGGUGAUAUGUCAUUUGCUGAAACGAGAAAAACAUUCGGCAUUAAGCGUUGCGAUUCGAAAAAUUUAUUAACUGCUGAAAAAUUGGCUGGUUCAUGGCGAUCGGUGGUUUAUCCUCGUGUUGCAUCGGGUGAGAGAAGUUAUGCUUUUAUUGGUCCAUUGGCUUAUCUAGAAGAAGCUUUAUUGUCGUAUGCAUCAUCUGUUGUGCUAAAGAAUGGAUUUAAAUUGGUAACGGUUCCUGAUAUUGUUCCGCAAUAUGUAACUGCAGCAUGCGGAUUGCAAAAAAGAUCUGGAAAGGAUAUGCAGUACCACAUUGUGGACAGCACGGGAGAACUUUGUCUUUCGGGCACGGCAGAGAUGGGUAUAGGUGAUUUGAUAAAAGAUCAAACAUUUCGUGCGGAAGAUUUGCCUACGAAACUUUGUGCAAUAAGCCGUUGUUAUCGUCCAGAGAUAUCUCGUUCCGCAAGUGAAGCUCAUCUAUAUAGAGUUCACGAAUUCAACAAGAUGGAAAUGUUCAUAGUUUGUAAACCUGAUGAAAGCGACCGAAUGCUGGAAGAAAUUGUUGAGUUGCAAUGUUCGAUUUUUAGCGAAUUGGGACUUUUCUGCAGAUUGCUCAAUAUGCCAUCAGAAGAGCUUGGGGCUCCUGCUGCCCAAAAAUUCGACAUUGAGGCUUGGAUGCCUGGAAGGAAAUUAUUUGGAGAAAUUUCAAGUGCAUCAAAUUGUACUGAUUAUCAAGCACGACGCCUUAACAUUAAAUAUACUGACGAAAAUAAUCGUAGCCAUUUUGUUCAUACUUGUAAUGGAACUGCUAUGGCAACGAAUCGUAUAAUUAUUUCUAUUCUUGAAACCUUUCAAAACGUUUGACCUGAAAGGAUUACAUGA